CUGGUGGCAGGGGAUACAGCCAUAAUACAGCUUUCUCUGUCCCAGCUGUCUUUUUCAUUACGUUAAAUGCAUUACGAUGGCUGCACUGCUUUAUAAAGGUUCAGGUACAGAAAGGUAUAGAAAGAAAAUAUGCAAACAUGCAUUUUUGUAGUGCCUACUAGCUUCUACAAGAUCUUUGGAUUCUGAAUGUGUUCCUGGCUCUGAUCUAAGAUAUCCUUCCAGUCAUUGGAACAUUUGCUGAAAGGGCUGGUUAAGGUGCCUGAGGAUAUCACCUUUUACAAGGAAUCAUUGUUGUAAAGGAUUUUUAGUGCAUUAUGGCUCAUGCAGCCUCACAGCUAAAGAAAAACAGGGAUUUAGAAAUUAUUGCUGAUGAAGAAAAUGAGAAAAAAAGAAAACACAGGAAAAGAUCCCGGGAUCGGAAGAGAAAGUCUGAUACAAAUGCAAGUUACCUACGAGCUGCUCGGGCUGGCAACCUAGAAAAGGCUCUUGACUACUUAAAAACUGGAGUGGACAUCAACAUUUGCAAUCAGAAUGGGUUGAACGCACUCCAUCUUGCUUCCAAAGAAGGUCAUGUAGAAGUUGUUUCAGAACUGAUAAAGCGAGGUGCCAAUGUGGAUGCAGCAACAAAGAAAGGAAACACAGCAUUGCACAUAGCGUCUCUGGCUGGCCAGACAGAAGUUGUUAAAGUGUUGGUUACAAAUAAGGCCAAUGUCAAUGCACAGUCUCAGAAUGGUUUCACACCAUUGUAUAUGGCAGCCCAAGAAAAUCACCUGGAAGUUGUUAAGUUUCUUCUUGACAAUGGUGCAAGUCAGAGCCUUGCUACUGAGGAUGGUUUCACACCUUUGGCAGUAGCCUUGCAACAAGGCCAUGACCAGGUGGUUUCACUGUUGCUUGAAAAUGAUACAAAGGGAAAAGUCCGUCUUCCUGCUCUCCACAUUGCUGCCCGCAAGGAUAACACAAAGGCUGCUGCUCUGUUGCUGCAGAAUGACCAUAAUGCAGAUGUGGAGUCAAAGAUGCUGGUGAAUAGAACAACGGAGAGUGGUUUUACUCCGCUCCACAUAGCGGCUCACUAUGGAAAUAUUAAUGUCGCUACAUUGCUAUUAAAUCGGAGUGCUGCUGUGGACUUCACUGCAAGGAAUGAUAUCACUCCAUUACAUGUUGCAUCGAAGAGAGGAAAUGCUAAUAUGGUCAAACUCUUACUUGAUCGAGGAGCUAAAAUCGAUGCCAAAACAAGGGACGGGUUGACACCUCUCCACUGUGGAGCAAGAAGUGGGCAUGAACAGGUUGUGAAAAUGCUGCUUGAUCGUGGGGCCCCCAUUCUAUCCAAAACCAAGAAUGGUUUGUCUCCAUUGCACAUGGCAACACAAGGAGAUCAUUUAAACUGUGUUCAGCUUCUGAUUCAGCACAACGUGCCUGUUGAUGACGUCACUAAUGACUAUCUGACUGCACUGCAUGUUGCCGCCCACUGUGGCCACUUCAAAGUUGCCAAGGUUCUCUUGGAUGAGAAAGCUAAUCCUAAUGCCAAAGCACUGAAUGGUUUCACACCUCUUCACAUUGCCUGCAAGAAGAACAGAAUUAAGGUUAUGGAACUUCUCCUGAAACAUGGUGCAUCUAUCCAAGCUGUAACUGAGUCGGGCCUAACUCCAAUCCAUGUUGCAGCCUUCAUGGGACAUGUAAAUAUUGUGUCACAGCUGAUGCAUCACGGAGCAUCACCCAACACUACCAAUGUGAGAGGAGAAACAGCACUACAUAUGGCUGCCAGAGCUGGCCAAGCAGAAGUUGUUCGAUACCUAGUACAAAAUGGAGCUCAGGUAGAAGCUAAAGCUAAGGAUGACCAAACGCCACUACACAUUUCUGCCCGAUUGGGAAAAGCUGAUAUAGUGCAGCAGUUGUUACAGCAAGGAGCAUCUCCGAAUGCAGCCACUACUUCUGGGUAUACACCACUACAUCUUGCUGCUCGAGAGGGACAUGAAGAUGUAGCCUCAGUUCUUUUGGAUCAUGGUGCAUCUUUAGCUAUAAUUACAAAGAAAGGAUUUACUCCUCUGCAUGUAGCUGCAAAAUAUGGAAAAAUUGAAGUAGCCAACCUUCUGCUUCAGAAGAAUGCAUCUCCAGAUGCUGCUGGAAAGAGUGGUUUAACUCCACUCCACGUAGCUGCACACUACGAUAAUCAGAAAGUGGCACUUCUGCUCUUGGACCAGGGAGCUUCACCUCACGCAUCUGCAAAGAAUGGUUAUACACCACUGCACAUAGCUGCCAAGAAAAACCAGAUGGAUAUAGCGACUACAUUGCUUGAAUAUGGUGCUGAUGCUAACGCUAUUACCAGACAGGGUAUUGCCCCUGUACAUCUUGCAUCCCAGGAAGGCCAUGUGGACAUGGUGUCAUUGCUUCUUACUAGAAAUGCUAAUGUGAAUCUUAGCAACAAGAGUGGACUGACACCACUUCACCUGGCUGCUCAAGAGGACAAAGUCAAUGUGGCAGAGGUUCUUGUUAAUCAAGGGGCUGUUGUUGAUGCACCAACAAAGAUGGGAUACACUCCAUUACAUGUUGGCUGCCACUAUGGAAACAUAAAGAUUGUUAAUUUCCUUCUGCAACACUUUGCUAAAGUUAAUGCCAAAACAAAGAAUGGGUACACCCCUCUACACCAGGCUGCUCAGCAGGGACACACCCAUAUCAUUAACGUCUUGCUCCAGAAUGGCGCAUCGCCCAAUGAACUCACUGUGAAUGGGAACACUGCCCUGGCCAUUGCUAAACGACUUGGCUACAUUUCAGUUGUUGACACAUUGAAGAUAGUGACAGAAGAGACCAUGACUACAAUUACUGUAACAGAAAAGCAUAAAAUGAAUGUACCAGAAACUAUGAAUGAAGUUCUUGACAUGUCUGAUGAUGAAGUUCGUAAAGCCUACACCCCUGAAAUUCUCAGUGAUGGUGAAUAUAUGUCAGAUGUUGAAGAAGGUGAGGAUGCAAUGACAGGUGAUACAGACAAAUAUCUUGGGCCGCAGGAUCUAAAAGAGUUGGGAGAUGAUUCCCUGCCUGCUGAAGGAUACAUGGGCUUUAGUCUAGGAGCCCGCUCUGCCAGUCCUAAAAUCAGCCUCCGCUCCUUCAGUUCGGAUAGGUCCUACACUCUGAACCGAAGUUCCUAUGCACGAGACAGCAUGAUGAUUGAAGAAUUGCUGGUACCGUCAAAGGAUCCGCACCUGACAUUUCCAAGGGAAUUUGAUUCUGAUUCUCUCAGACAUUAUAGCUGGGCUGCAGACACCUUGGACAAUGUUAACCUUGUCUCAAGUCCCAUCCAUUCUGGCUAUUCCUCUCCACUUCCCCAGUAUGAUUCAAGUUUUCUGGUUAGUUUUAUGGUUGAUGCACGUGGGGGCUCAAUGAGGGGUAGUCGCCAUCAUGGAAUGAGAAUUAUUAUUCCACCACGCAAAUGUACAGCACCCACCCGCAUCACCUGCCGUUUGGUAAAGAGGCAUAAACUGGCCACCCCACCACCAAUGGUUGAAGGAGAAGGAUUAGCCAGUAGACUGGUAGAAAUGGGGCCUGCAGGUGCACAGUUUUUAGGCCCUGUCAUAGUGGAAAUCCCACAUUUUGGAUCAAUGCGAGGAAAAGAAAGAGAACUGAUUGUCCUUCGCAGUGAAAAUGGUGAAACAUGGAAGGAACACCAGUAUGACAGCAAACAUGAAGACUUAAAUGAAAUUCUCAAUGGAAUGGAUGAAGAGCUGGAUAGCACUGAGGAACUAGAGAAGAAGCGUAUCUGUAGAAUCAUCACAAAGGAUUUUCCUCAGUACUUUGCAGUGGUUUCACGAAUUAAGCAGGAAAGUAACCAAAUUGGUCCUGAGGGAGGUGUUUUGAGCAGUACAACUGUGCCUCAUGUCCAAGCAUCCUUCCCAGAGGGUGCUCUAACCAAAAGAAUUCGAGUUGGCCUCCAGGCUCAACCAGUUCCAGAUGAGAUUGUCAAAAAAAUCCUCGGAAACAAAGCAACUUUCAGCCCUAUUGUCACUGUGGAACCAAGAAGAAGAAAAUUUCAUAAACCUAUAACAAUGACAAUUCCUGUGCCACCCCCUUCAGGAGAAGGUGUGACCAAUGGAUACAAAGGAGACACCACACCUAGCCUUCGACUUUUAUGUAGCAUUACAGGAGGGACUUCUCCUGCUCAGUGGGAAGAUAUCACAGGAACCACUCCACUGACAUUUAUAAAUGACUGUGUUUCUUUCACGACCAACGUUUCAGCCAGAUUUUGGCUUGCAGACUGCCAUCAGGUACUAGAAACUGUCGGCCUCGCCACACAACUUUAUAGGGAAUUAAUAUGUGUUCCUUAUAUGGCCAAGUUUGUGAUAUUUGCCAAAAUGAAUGACCCCGUGGAAUCUAAUUUGCGUUGCUUCUGCAUGACUGAUGAUAAAGUGGACAAAACUUUGGAGCAACAAGAGAAUUUUGAAGAAGUUGCAAGAAGUAAAGAUAUCGAGGUUCUGGAAGGAAAACCCAUUUAUGUUGAUUGCUAUGGAAAUCUGGCCCCUUUGACAAAAGGAGGACAACAGCUUUUUUUUAAUUUUUAUGCUUUCAAGGAAAAUAGACUGCCAUUCUCUAUUAAGAUUAGAGACACCAGCCAAGAGCCUUGUGGUCGUUUAUCAUUUUUGAAAGAACCAAAGACUACAAAAGGACUGCCACAAACAGCUGUUUGCAACUUAAAUAUUACUCUUCCAGCACACAAAAAGGAAACAGAGUCAGAUCAAGAUGAUGAGACGGAGAAAACAGACCGGCGUCAAAGCUUUGUCUCUCUUGCUUUACGUAAGCGCUACAGCUAUCUGACUGAGCCUGGAAUGAAAACAGUUGAACGGAGUGCAGGAGCAACAAGAUCCCUACCUGCUACUUAUUCAUACAAGCCAUUCUUUUCAACAAGACCAUAUCAGUCAUGGACAACAGCUCCAAUUACAGUGCCUGGGCAAACCAAAUCAGGCUUCACUUCCCUAUCAAGCUCUUCCUCCAAUACUCCUACAGCUUCCCCAUUGAAAUCAAUAUGGUCUGUUUCUUCUGCUUCUCCAAUCAAAUCCACAUUAGGAGCUUCUACUACCUCUUCAAUUAAAUCUGUUAAUGACGUAGCAUCUCCAAUUAGAUCAUUUCGGACAAUCUCUUCACCAAUAAAAACCGUUGUAUCACAGCCUCCAUAUAAUAUCCAAGUUUCUUCUGGUUCUUUCAUCAGAGCUCCUGCAGUAACAGAAGCCAGUAAUUUAAAAGGGAUGGCAUCCACUUCAACAUUUCCUUCUCGGACAUCUCCAGUGACUACAGCAGGGUCUCUUUUGGAGAGAUCAUCCAUCACUAUGACACCUCCAGCAUCCCCCAAAUCGAACAUUAACAUGUAUUCUUCAAGUUUACCAUUUAAGUCUAUCAUCACAUCAGCAUCACCACUUUUAACUUCACCUUUAAAGUCAGUGGUGUCUCCUGCUAAGUCAGAAGUUGAUGCUGUUUCAUCGUCUAAAGUCAUGAUGACUUCAUCUCUCUCAUCACCUGUGAAACAUAUACCUGGACCUACAGAUGUAGCAUUGGUUAAUGGAUCCAUGUCACCUCUGAAAUAUCCAUCUUCUGCCAAUGUAAUAACUGGAUCCAAACCUGCAGCUACGUUUCAAGACAAGAUCUCUGCAGCUACAAAUUCUGCAAGUUGUGCUGCUAAUGCAGCCACUGAUACAGUUGAGAAAGUGUUUCCGACCACUACUACAAUGCCACUUUCUCCACUCAGGGCAUUUGUGUCUUCAACACCAUCUGCUUUUCAGUCAAUAAGAACUCCUUCUGCAGGUGCACUAUAUACAUCUUUUGGGUCAAUAUCUGCAACUACCUCAUCAGUAACUUCAUCAACAAUAACAGUGCCAGUAUAUUCUCUAGUCAAUGUUUUAUCUGAACCAGCAUUAAAGAAGCUUCCAGAGUGUUCACUUACAAAAUCGGGAGCUGCAUUACUAUCACCUAGUAAAACAUUGACUACAGAGACACGUACACAACCUCACUUUAGUCGAACUUCAUCUCCUAUAAAAUCAUCCUUGUUUUUAGCACCCUCUGCUCUUAAAUUGUCUACACCAUCUUCUUUAUCCUCCAGCCAGGAGAUAUUGAAAGAUGUUGCUGAAAUGAAAGAGGACCUAAUCAGGAUGACUGCGAUAUUGCAGACAGAUGUAACGGAGGACAAGCCAUUCCAACCUGAACUAACAAAAGAGGGUAGAAUUGAUGAUGAAGAGCCCUUUAAAAUUGUUGAGAAAGUAAAAGAAGACUUGGUAAAAGUUAGUGAGAUACUGAAAAAAGAUGUGUGUUUAGAAAAUAAAGGGUCGACCAGAGUGUCAAAAAGUGAUAAAGGACACUUAUCUGAAGAUGAAUGGGUAGAGUUCAGUCCAGAGGAGAUUGAUGAAGCAAGACAGCAGGCUAUAACGUGCCAUCCUGUUCCAGAAAAAGUGCACAUUAAAGCUAAAGCCGCAUCUGAAAAGGAUUACAAUUUGACAAAAGUCAUUGAUUAUUUAACAAAUGAUAUUGGUAGUAGUUCAUUGGCAACCAUAAAGUACAAGUUUGAAGAGGGGAAAAAAGAUGAAGAGAGACAAAAACGCAUUUUAAAACCAGUGAUUGCUUUACAGGAACAUAAACUUAAAAUGCCUCCAGCCUCCAUGAGGCCUUCUACUUCAGAAAAAGAAUUAUGUAAAAUUGCAGAUUCCUUUUUUGGAACAGAUACUAUUUUAGAAUCUCCAGAUGAUUUUUCUCUACAUGACCAAGAUAAAAGUCCUUUGUCUGACAGUGGCUUUGAAACAAGAAGUGAAAAAACACCUUCAGCCCCACAAAGUGCUGAAAGCACAGGGCCAAAACCACUUUUCCAUGAUGUACCCAUCUCUCCUGUUAUUACAGAAACAAGAACUGAAGUAGUUCAUGUUAUCCGUAGCUAUGAACCAUCAUCAGAAGAGAUUCCAGAGCAGCAAACAGAGGAGCUACCUUCAUUGAAACCUGCACUUGCUUUAAUGGAGUUGGAACAAAAACCCACUGGGUCUAUUAAAGACAAGGUUAAAGCAUUUCAAAUGAAAAGCAGCAGCAGUGAAGAAGAUGACCACAAGUGUGUUCUUAGCAAAGGUGUCCGGGUGAAAGAAGAAACUCACAUCACUACUACAACUAGAAUGGUUUAUCAUAAACCUCCGUGCACCGAAAGUACCUCGGAAAGAAUUGAGGAAACAAUGUCUGUUCAUGACAUAAUGAAAGCCUUUCAAUCAGGACGUGACCCUUCCAAAGAACUGGCAGGUCUGUUUGAACAUAAAUCAUCAGUAACAUCAGAUGUUAGCAAGUCUGCUGAAACUUCACCACACCAUGCUGAGAAGGACAGCAAAAUGAAACCCAAACUGGAGCGUAUAAUAGAGGUCCAUAUUGAAAAAGGUAAUCAGGCUGAACCUACUGAAGUCAUUAUUAGACAAACAAAAAAGCAUCCAGAAAAAGAAAUGUAUGUAUAUCAGAAAGACUUACCUCGGGGAGAUAUUAACUUAAAAGGUUUGGAAAAACAUGAUACUUUUCCUUGUUCUGAUGAACAAGGUCAGCAAGAAGAAGAAGAGCUAACAGCUGAAGAGUCACUUCCUUCUUAUCUGGAAUCUUCUAGAGUAAACACUCCUGUGUCCCAGGAAGAAGACAGUCGCCCUAGUUCUGCUCAACUCAUGUCUGAUGACUCUUACAAAACGCUGAAGCUUUUGAGUCAACACUCAAUAGAAUACCAUGAUGAUGAGUUGUCAGAAUUAAGAGGGGAGUCUUACAGGUUUGCUGAGAAAAUGCUUCUUUCAGAAAAGCUAGAUGUGUCUCAUUCUGAUACUGAGGAGUCAGUUACUGACCAUGCUCUACCCCUUAGUUCAGAGUUACAGGGGUCUGAUAAACGAUGCAGAGAAAAAGUAGCCACUGCCCCCAAAAAAGAAAUUAUCUCCAAAAUCUAUAAAGAUGUGUCUGAAAAUGGUGUAGGUAAAAUGUCUAAAGAUGAUCAUUAUGAUAAAGUGACAGUGUUACACUACACUGGAGAUGUUAGUAGUCCAAAACAUGCCAUGUGGAUGCGCUUUACUGAGGACAGAUUAGACAGAGGUAGAGAAAAGAUGAUGUAUGAAGACAGGGUGGACAGGACUGUUAAGGAGGCAGAAGAAAAACUGACUGAAGUAUCACAGUUUUUUCGGGACAAAACAGAAAAGUUGAAUGAUGAGCUACAAUCUCCAGAGAAAAAGCAACAUAAAAAAAAUGGCAAAGAAAUGCAUUCUAGUCAUAGCUCGGCCAGCAGCAGCCCUGAAAAAGUACUGCUCACUGAAAUAGUGACAUUGAGUGAUGACUGGAGUAAAGUGCGGCAGUAUGGGCAUGAUGGAAAGUGUUCUCCAAAAGCCGAUGAAAGAAAAGCAGCAAGUUUGCCCAGCAGUCCUGAAAGAAGGAUUCUUGCUCAAGAAACAGGGGACUGUAAACAAACUAUGGAACACAAAGGAAAUGCUCUGCAGAGUAAAACAACUGAAGCUUCACAGACUGGAUUUCAGCUAAAACAAUCCAAGCUUAAUUCCAUUAGACUUAAAUUUGAACAAAGUAUAAGUCCAAGGACUAAAGAUCUAUCUCAAGAAGAAAAAAAGCAAGAUAGUCAAUCCAAAAUUCCAGUAAAGAAAUUACAAGAAAGCAAACUACCAGUGUAUCAGUUUUAUGCAAGAGAAAAGCACCCAAAGCAAGUAGAUCUGACAGAAGGAAAUACAUCAUUGCAAAAAGAAUUUACUACUAUGAAAUUGAAAGAAGAUAAUGUCCAAGGUAAAGGAAAAGUUAUAGAAGACAUUUGUGCUUCAGAAGUACAGAAACAGAGUACUGAAACAUCAAGUAAAAGUCUGCUAGAAUAUACUUCUGAACAGCAAGCUAAAGACUUGGCAUAUAGCUCAGACUUACCAGCUAAGGGACAUUGGGACAAAAAAAUCUAUCGAACAUGGGAAAGUCCUGGAGCUUCUAACCAUAAAACACAAAAAGAAAAACUUUCCCAUGUACUUGUUCAAGAUAUGGUGAAAGAAAACCAUGUUGACCAUGCUGAGACUAAAACUAACAAAAAGAGUGAAUUUAUCACUGUGACAGAGAGUGAACACAAAUUGUCAACACAUGGAUCUCAUUCAAAGGAGGUGAAGGAAACAACUGUAAAAUCUCCAUCAAAAAAGGUUCUGUACAGAGAAUUUGUUGUCAGAGAAGGAGAACACACCAAUGAAAUGACAGAUAAAACUUCAAAAAGAAAGGAAUCGUCUGUGUCCCACAUUCCAGUCAGAAUUUCUGAGGAGAAAAGAAUGUCCUCUCCUACCAUUCUUGAUAGUGUUUAUGAUCAGUCAAAAAAAUCAGUAUAUGAACUGUCAGCUAAAGUGUCCCAGUCAACUAUGAUUAAGGAGCAAGUUCAGAGAGAAUUUGAUUAUGUAGAAGAUGAAAAAAUAAAACAUUCAAAAGUCACUAAAGUUACCAAGCAACAAGGUUCCAUAGUGUUAAGUCCUCCAGUGGAGGAAACUGAAAUAUCCCCUAGCAAAUCACCUGAUUCUUUAGACUUUAGUCCUGGAAAGGAAUCUCCUUCAAGUGAGGUAUUUGACCCUAGUCCCAUUGAUUACUUGGAUAAAGUUGCACCUUUAGUAAAUAGUGAGGGAGUGAAAGAGAUAAAGACUUUGCCAGUUUAUGUCAGUUUUGUUCAAGUAGGAAAGCAGUAUGAAAAGGAGGUGCAACAAGGAAAUGUAAAAAAAAUUGUAAGUCAGGAAAGUAAGACGGUACAAGAGACUAGGGGGACAUUUUAUACAGCUAGACAGCAAAAACAACCUCCUUCUCCACAAGGUAGUCCAGAAGAUGACACACUAGAACAAGUAUCCUUUAUAGAUAGCUCUGGGAAAAGCCCUUUAACACCAGAAACACCCAGCUCAGAGGAAGUGAGUUAUGAGUUUACCUCUAAAACACCCGACUCACUAAUAGCUUAUAUACCAGGCAAGCCCAGUCCCAUACCUGAGGUUUCUGAGGAAUCAGAAGAGGAAGCAGAGGCUAAGUCAACCUCUGUAAAACACACAGCAGUGGAAGCACCAAAAAUUGACAAAAUAUUGCCUAAUAAUAUAAACAAAGACUCUAACAAAAGACCCAAAAGUAACAGAGUUGCCUACAUUGAAUUCCCACCUCCUCCACCAUUAGAUGCAGAUCAAGCUGAGUCAGAAAAGAAUCAUCGUUAUUCCCCUGAGAGUGAAAUGGAGAUGAUAGAAGUAAAUCUGCAAGAUGAACACGACAAAUGUCAACUGGCUGAACCAGUCAUAAGAGUACAGCCACCUUCCCCCGUGCCACCGGGAGCAGAUGUCAGUGACUCUAGUGAUGAUGAAUCGCUCUAUCAACCAGUUCCAUUAAAAAAGUAUACUUUUAAAUUAAAAGAAGUUGAAGAUGACCAGAAAGAAGCCUCAAAACCCAAAGUUUCUGACAAGAGUCAGAACCAGAAAGAGUUAGAGUAUCCCAGUUCUGGAAAACCUAAUGAGUUUGACAUUGGUCUUGAGUCACCCCAGAAUGACAUAGCACAAAAUGGGACUAAUGACCAGUCUAUCACCGAGUGUUCCAUAGCAACCACUGCAGAAUUCUCUCAUGAUACAGAUGCAACUGAAAUUGACUCUCUUGAUGGUUAUGAUUUACAAGAUGAAGACGAUGGUUUAACUGAGAGUGAUUCUAAACUUGCAGGUCCAGCAGUAGAAACCAAAAAGGAUAUAUGGACUACAGAGGGCAUUUUAAAACAGACUGAUCGUUGCUUUAGCCAAAGUAAACUGGAAGUUAUUGAGGAGGAAGGAAAGGUAGGCGCUGAAGAAGACAAGCCACUUUCAAAAGGUACAGGUUCUGAAAAGACUGAGCAGAAGUCAGGUGCACAGUUUUUCACCUUGGAAGGCAGACACCCCGACAGAACUGUGUUUCCUGAUUCAUAUUUCAGUUACAAAGUAGAUGAAGAAUUUGCAACACCUUUUAAAACAGUAGCUACCAAAAGUCUGGAUUUUGAUCCAUGGUCCAAUAAUCGAGGAGAUGAUGAAGUGUUUGAUACUAAAUCAAGGGAUGAUGAGGCUAAGCCAUUUGGUCUGGCAGUAGAAGACAGAUCGCAAGCAACAACACCUGAUACAACUCCAGCCAGAACUCCAACAGAUGAAAGUACUCCAACUAGUGAGCCCAACCCCUUCCCAUUUCAUGAAGGGAAGAUGUUUGAGAUGACUCGCAGUGGUGCAAUUGACAUGAGCAAGAGGGAUUUUGUUGAAGAAAGACUCCAAUUUUUUCAGAUUGGUCCACAGAGUCCAUGUGAACGAACAGACAUAAGGAUGGCAAUUGUAGCUGAUCAUCUGGGACUUAGCUGGACAGAACUGGCAAGAGAACUGAAUUUUUCUGUGGAUGAAAUUAAUCAAAUCCGUGUAGAAAACCCCAAUUCUCUGAUUGCUCAAAGUUUCAUGUUAUUAAAAAAAUGGGUUACCAGAGAUGGGAAAAAUGCUACAACUGAUGCCUUAACCUCUGUAUUGACAAAAAUUAACCGAAUAGAUAUUGUGACCCUGUUGGAAGGACCAAUAUUUGAUUAUGGAAACAUUUCAGGCACCAGAAGUUUUGCAGAUGAAAAUAACGUUUUUCAUGAUCCCGUUGAUGGUUAUCCCACCAUUCAAGUGGAACUGGAAACUCCCACUGGGUUGCGCUUCAUGCCAACCACCCCUUUCCAUCAAGAUGAUUUCUUUAGUGAUAUCUCUAGUAUAGAGUCACCCCUUAGAACUCCUAGUAGACUGAGUGAUGCAUUAGUGACUUCACAGGGAAAUAUAGACGGUACAGCAGGAGGACCUCCAGUGGUGAUUGAAGAAGAUACUUCACUGGAAGACAGCAAACCUGAUUUCCCAGUACCUAAAGAAAGAACACCUAAAGAUAUGUCUGUAGGCCAAAGCCAUUUGGAGGAAGUGGACCUGAAUGAUUAUCCUCGGUAUCUUGGUAGUUAUGGUGGGAUAUCAAAAGAUGCUAAGUACUCAAAACAAAUACAGAGUGAAGAGACUAGUCAAACAGGAGUGAGAACUGAACAGCAUGAGAGAGAAAAGUCUGGUACUGAUGAGGAGAUGACAGAAGAAAAGCUUAAAUCUCUGUUUGAGGACAUUCAUCUUGAAGAAGGAGUUGAGUCUGAGGAGAUGACGGAAGAAAAAGUGUGGUCUAUUCUUAAAGAUGUUCAGCAAGCAGAACAGGAAAUGUCUUCAAUUACAGGUUGGCAGAGUGAGGCAUCAAGUAUCCAUGUUGAACCACCAACGCCUGGGCGCAGAAUAAGUGGUGAACUACUAGAUCGGCUAGAUGAUAGCCCGGACCAAUGUAGGGAUUCUAUUACCUCAUAUCUGAAAGGAGAAACUGGGAAAGUUGAAGCCAAUGGAAGCCGCACAGAAACUACAACAGAAGUAAAGACUAAAUCUUAUGUUCAAGAGUCCGUAAACAAAGCGGGAAAACAGAGUGACAAGGAAACUCUGAAACCAAAAACACGAAGUUCUGUCCAUACUGAAGAGCAAACAUUAUUAACAUCGUAUCAGAAAUCUUUAGAAGAGACCAGCAAGCCAACAGUAGAAGAGCCUAAAACCUCUGUGCCUGUCAGCAUGAAGAAGAUGAGCUGGAAAACUCCUGAAGAUAGCAAGCCAAGAGCAAACAUCCAGGAAGAGGCGGGAGCAGCAACGUCUGAACAAAAGGAAUUUAGUGACAGUGACAUUGAGAUUCAGAGUGAGUCGAGCUCAGAUGAGGAACAGAGAAUCACUACAAGAGUUUAUCGCCGGCGUGUGAUUCUGAAGGGUGAGGAAGCAAAAAAUAUUCCUGGUGAAUCAGUAACAGAAGAACAGUUUACCGAUGAAGAAGGCAACAUCAUCACAAGAAAAGUCACCCGGAAAGUAAUAAGACGUGUUGUUAUCCCACAUGAGAGAAAAGUUGGUGAAAUGCAGGGAGAAGGUUAUAAGGUUAAGACAAAGAGAGAAGUCAGACAUGUGGAGAAGAAGAGUUAUUCAUAACAGCAGAACACUGAAGGGAUUGUGUGCUUUUACUGCCAGUAUUCUAGACAGACACUAUGGAAGAAAAAUCAACAGGAAUUAAACAUUCACUGAUACAAGUGUGCGUGUGUUUGCUGCUUCCACACAUUAACCGCAUGUUUUUUAUGCAAAAAAAAACAAUAAAAAUUUAAUUUAGCAUGAGCCAAUUUACAGAGCAUGGAAAUUCACUUUCAUUCACAGGAUUGGAGAGUGUGCAAUUAACAAUGCAGUGUAUAUACAAGAUUGCCAUGCUGUUAACAGCUUUAUUUCAAGCAAUUUGAUGUCAUCAUAAAAGAAAUAAAUUCCUGUGGUCAGAAGGACAUAAGAAGAUGAAAUGGUUAAAACAUGGAAAGACACUAAAAUUACUAAAUCCACAACAGCUCGCCUUAUUUUUCUUGGACCCAAACUGUCAGGGUAUAAAACACUAUUUGUUUCUUUUUUAAACAUCAAUAGUUUUGCUGUAAAUAAAUAACACUGUAUAAAUUCUAACAGAAAAUAGAAUAAAUGUUGAUAAGGCACUGCCUCUUAGAUCACAAACAGAAUAUUGCAAAUGCAUCAAACAGAAUAGGUGUCUCAAAUGGCUACACCUACGAGGAUAUUCUGGGUGUAUCUUCACAGAUUCUUGUAUAUUAGCAAUUAUAAUGUUUGUAUAUGCAAAAAUGCUAGCUUGAUUUUAAAAAAAUCUUUAAAAUCUGCUGCAAAUUUAAAUGAUUCCCAAAAUGAGGAAUUCUGUAGUUCUGUGAAAACUUUUCUUCAGAGUACUAAUAUUUUGAUGCAUGUGUUUCACCUUAUUUUGAUUAAAUCUUUUCCAGUUUUGCAAACACUAUACUGCAACAUGAUAAAUAGGAUUUUAUCUGUAAACACAAAGCCCUUCAUCUAAUAUUUGUUGCUGUUGCCAAUUUUUCAAUGAAAUGACCUAACAACAUACCAUAUACAGUAGUUGCAUUAUGGGGAGGGGGGUGCUAUCUGUUCUCGCUUUAUAAUGGGGGUAAUGCUUGCAGCUUUAGAACUGGGUUGGUGCUCUUAUAAAGCACAAGUUUGGGAUAUUUUAAAAUGAACCGAAGAGAAAUUAUUAGCUAAUAGACUGGCAGCACGCUGUAAAAUUAUUACUGUAUUGUGUACUGGCUAUAAGAUGUAGAAUCUUUCAGUAAGCCAAUCAUCUGUAAUCAUUCUAGCAGUGUAAUAUUAGGUUGUUAAGGCUGCUGUGUUUUAAAGGGCAUUUUUAUUUGGGUUUUGGUGAAAUACUUUAAUUUGUUGAUUAUAUUCAUAUGAAAACAACAUUCAUUGAUAAUAGCUCUAAUUACGUAUGUAUGAAAACAACAUACACUGGAUGAUCUAGCUGAUUAUUUAAGCAUAAAAUAAAUUGUGUUAAAACUCUUCAA